ACACCAUAGAAAACACAUAGUCAUUUCUCCUCUUCUUCUCUCACAAUUUUCAUUAUACCAUAAUGGGGUCAUCAUCGGGAGCUUCUUUAUGGAGAUUUGAUUCACCAUUGAUAUAUUUAUUUGGUGGAAUAUCAGUAAUUCUUGCACUUAUAACCGUGGCUUUGAUAAUCCUAGCUUGUUCUCAACGAAAAAGGCGAACUGAAGAUAUCGAAAGCGGUGUUGUUGAUGAUUCACAAAAGGUGACAACUAAUGUGUACAAUGGUGGUGAUGGAAUAGAUUCUAGUCCUAAAUUAGCUGUUAUCAUGGCUGGAGAUGAAGUUCCUACCUACUUAGCAACACCUUCAGAUAUUGCUAAUUAAUUUUAUAUCUAUAUUUAUAUAUAGUCGUUCCUCUUUAAAUUCAGAGGAACAUAAAUUUUGAUAAUGAGUCCCCACAAUUUUGUUUUGUUUUCGGGAAUAUGCAUGUGAGAUUAGAGAUAUAUAGUUAAGAGUUAUGUAUCAACCAGGUUUUGAUGAAUGAAAAAGUUUGAGAUUAAAUA